CCCGAGCGAGGAGAUCCGAUGUUGGCCGUGAACCCCAAACUGCGGGCCAAUUACUCAUUUAGUACUCAAUUAAUUACUCAGUUACUCAUCUGGGCUCGUUAGAAAUGUGUCGACUUCACUGAAUCUGCAUUGAACGAUCCAAACCAGGAGCUCAGGCUGUCUAUUUCCAAAGAAUUGAAAUGGGAGUCCCGCCAACAGGUCACGUGAGGCUGUUUCUCGAAGAUCUGCCCCGCCCUCCGCUUUGUGACGAAAAAUCACGUGGUGUUUUGAGGACAAGGUUUACAAGAAUAAUCUCGGGAAUGAUCGGCGUUAUGUAUGAGGAGCAUUUGAUGGUUCUGGACCUGUGCUCGAUGGAGUUCAGAGGGACGUUAGACCUAUGGUGAGAGAUUUAUUGGAAGAAAAGCCCCAACUGGAAGCAAACCACGACUGAAGAUGAGGGAACAGCAACAAGUGAACCAGCCCGAGGACUGAGAGCAUCAACUGCUGAGAACCCAUCUGACUCAGAGAUUCCAGUGAUUCCGUCAGGAGAAAGUUUGGUUAAAAACGACAAGGGAUUUCUCUUCAGGAAUCACGGACACAACACGCCAGUUUUUCUGUCUGUCCAGAUAUUUAAGAAUUGGAGCAAGGGAUUCACUCAAUCAUUCUUCCUACUCAGACUGUGGGGAGGGAUUCACUCAAUCAUUCUUCCUACUCAGACUGUGGGGAGGGAUUCACUUGAUCAUCUGAUCGACCAGCACACCCAUCAUUUUACUCAUGGGGGAGGCCAUUCCCCUGCCCAGACUGUUGGAAUGGAUUCACUCCAUCAUCUCAACUGAAGGUACAUCAGCAAGUUCACACUCGGCAAGGCCAUUCACCUGUUCUCGGAGUGAGAAGGGAUUCUGUCAGUCUUCCUAACUGUAGACGCACCAGUCAGUUCACACUGGGCAGAAGCUGGUCGAAUGCUGAAUUUGUGGGGAAUGAAUCACUCGAUCAUCUGACCUAAUGGCACACCAGCAAGUUCACACCGGUGAGCGGCCGUUCACCUGCUCAGUCUGUGAGAAGAGAUUCACUAAGUCAUCCCACCUACAGAGACACCAGCAAGUUCACACUAGGGAGAGGCUGUUCACCUGCCCUGUCUGUGAGAAGAGAUUCACCAAAUCAUCCCACCUACUGAGUCACCAGCGAGUUCACACUGGGGAGAAGCCAUUCACCUGCUCAGACUGCGGGAAGGGAUUCACUUUCUCAUCUAAACUGAAAGUACAUCAGAGAGUUCACACCGGAGAGAGGUCAUUCACCUGCUCAGACUGUGGAAAGGGAUUCAAACGGCUAUUCCACCUACAGAGACACCAGCGAGUUCACACUGGAGAGAGGCCAUUCACCUGCUCAGACUGCGGGAAGAGAUUCAGUCAAUCAUCUGAUCUACGGUUACAUAACCAAGUUCACACUGGGGAGAAGCCAUUCACCUGCUCAGAAUGCGGGAAGCGAUUCACUCGGUCAUCCGACCUACUGAUACACAAGCAUAUUCACAUUAGGGAGAGGCCAUUCACCUGCUCAGACUGCGGGAAGGGAUUCACUAAGUCAUCCCACCUACAGAGACACCAGCGAGUUCACACUGGGGAGAAGCCGUUUACCUGCUCAGACUGUGGGAAGAGAUUCAGUCAAUCAUCUGAUCUACGGUUACAUAACCGAGUUCACACUGGGGAGAAGCCAUUCACCUGCUCAGAAUGCGGGAAGCGAUUCACUCAGUCAUCCGACCUACUGAUACACAAGCGUAUUCACAAUGGGGAGAGGCCAUUCACCUGCUCAGACUGCGGGAAGGGAUUCAAUAAGUCAUCCCACCUACAGAGACACCAGCGAGUUCACACUGGGGAAAAGCCGUUCACAUGCUCAGACUGUGGGAAGGGAUUCACUUGGUCCUCAGAACUACUGGUACAUCAGAGAGUUCACACUGGGGAGAAGCCAUUCACCUGUUCAGUCUGUGGAAAGGGAUUCACUCAGUCAUCUAAGCUGAAGGUACAUCAGCGAGUUCACACCGGAGAAAGGCCAUUCAGCUGCUCAGACUGUGGGAAGGGAUUCACUUGCUCAUCACAACUGAAGGUACAUCAGCGAGUUCACACUGGAGAGAGGCCGUUCACAUGCUUGGAAUGCGGAAAGGGAUUCACACAGUUAUUCCACCUACAGAGACACCAGCGAAUUCACACUGGAGAGAGGCCAUUCACCUGCUCAGACUGUGGGAAGGGAUUCACUGAGUCACCCGACCUACUGGCACACCGGCGAAUUCACACUGGAGAGAGGCCUUUCCUGUGCCCAGACUGUGGGAAGAGAUUCACUCAGUCAUCCCACCUACAGAGACACCAGCUAGUUCACACUGAGGAGAAGCCUUUCACCUGCUCAGACUGUGGGAAGGGAUUCACUCAGUCAUCCGACCUACGGAGACACCAGCGAUUUCACACUGGGGAGAGGCCGUUCAUCUGCUCAGACUGUGGGAAGGGAUUCACUCAGUUAUCCGAUCUACGGGUACAUAAGCGAGUUCACACUGGGGAGAGGCCGUUCUCCUGCUCAGUCUGUGAGAAGAGAUUCACUAAGUCAUCCGACCUACUAGCACACCAGCGAAUUCAUACUGGAGAGAGGCCUUUCCUGUGCUCAGACUGUGGGAAGAGAUUCACUCAGUCAUCCCACCUACAAAUACACCAACAAAUUCACACUGAGGAGAAGCCGUUCACCUGCUCAUACUGUGGGAAGGGAUUCACUCAGUCAUCCAAACUGCUGGUACAUAAAUCAGUUCACACUGGGGAGAAGCCAUUCACCUGCUCGGACUGUGGGAAGGGAUUCACUUGCUCAUUUAACCUGAAGGUACAUCAGAGAGUUCACACUGGGGAGAAGCCGUUCAUCUGCUCAGUUUGUGGGAAGGGAUUCACUUGGUCAUCUCAGCUGAAGGUACAUCAGCGAGUUCACACUGGGCAGAGGCCAUUUGCCUGCUCAGACAUUGGGAAGAUUUUCUCUCAGCCAUCUCCAUCAAAUGUGCAUCCUUGAGUUCACACUGGGGAGAGACUGUUCACCUGCUGUGAAUGUGGGAAGGGAUUUACUCAGUUAUCUAACCUUGAGACACACUACUGGGUUCACACUGGGGUGAAAGUUUCAAUAAGCUGCAUGCUGGAUAUUUGUCUAUCACCAUUGCUGGAUGCAAUGUGACUAUUGGUGCUGAACUCUGCAAUUAUUGCUGCUUCUCACCACAACCAGCUCUGCACCCUGGUCACUGGGCACGGGAGGAGUUUUUUUCUGCUGUAUAUUCACCUUUUGUGGGAUUGGAGUUCAAUAUUCUGGAUCGAAGACAGAUAAAUCAGUUCUAUUUUGAACUCCAGUCCUUAGUGAAGACUUAGUCCAGUCUCCAGUACGUAGUGAAGUUAUAACAGUGUACAGUAGAGAGUCAACUCAGGCUGGCUGGACUCUGCCAGUGAUUCAGUUCCAUAACAGUCCUUUUCAAUCCUCCCCUGUUGUUCAUCUCCCACUCUCCCUGUGGUGAUGGAUUACAAACAGUCACCACUCUGUGGGUGAAGAGGUUCCCCUUGAAUUUUCUGCAGUCUGAAGAAGUCAAGUUGACUGCAGUUCUGUCUGUGAUGUUCUUUGCCCAUCAAAGCUCUGGGCUUGGGAAGAAUGACAUUGAUAGUUAAUCUUAUUCAUGGCUUCUUUCCACACUAUAGCUCAUUUCCCUGUUUCUAAAGGAUUAACAGAGAAACAUAGAAAACCUACAGCACAAUACAGGUCCCUUGGCCCACAAAGUUGUGCCAAACAUGCCCCUACCUUAGAAAUAAGUGGGGAUACACAGAGCCCUCUAUUUUUCUAAGAUCCAUGUACUGAUCCAAGAAUCUCUUAAAAUACACUAUUGUAUCCACCUCUCCCACUGUUGCUGGCAGCCCAUUCCACACAUUCUCCACUCUCUAGGUAAAAAAAAAAAUAGCCCUGACAUCUCCUCUGCACCUACUCCCAAGCAACUUAAACCAUAUAACCAUAAAACAAUUACAGCACGGAAACAGACCAUCUCAGCCCUUCUAGUCCGUGCUGAAUGCUUACUCUCAGAUAGUCCCACCAACCAGCACUCAGCCCAUAACCUUCCAUUCCUUUCCUGUCCAUAUACCUAUCCAUUUUUUAAAAAUGAAAAUAUUGAACCUGCCUCUAUCAUUUCUACUGGAAGCUUAUUCCACACAGCUACCACUCUCUGUGUAAAGAAGUUCCCCCUCGUGUUACCCAUAAACAUUUUCCUCCUAACUCUCAACCCAUGUCCUCUUGUUUAAAUCUCCCCUACUCUCAAUGGAAAAAGCCUAUCCACGUCAACUCCAUCUAUCCCCCUCAUAAUUUUAAAUACCUCUAUCAAGACCUCCCUCAACCGAUGUUCAACCUUUCUCUGUAAGUUAGGUGCUGAAACCCAGGUGCCAUUCUCUUAAAUCUUCUCUGUACUCUGUCUGUUUUGUUGACAUCUUUCCUAAAAUUCGCUGACAAUACUGUACACAAAUACUGCAUGAAAACUGUGAGAAUAGAAUACAGCUUCAAAUGAGGAGUAUGACGGUGGGGAAUGGAUGUAGAAGGCAGAGCUGAGGAGAACCACAGAGUGAAUACAAUGGAACGAAAUUAACUGACGUGAAGACAGGAUACAAAAGAAAGGACAGAGAGAAUUUUCCCCAGGUGAGGGGUUAGGAAACGGGAUGAUUUGGAACUGUGAUGAGAAGAAUACCCUUCAGCAAAUGUAGUGUACGUUUGCAACAUUUCAAUAGACAAUAGGUGUCUCCCGAGGUUCUGCGGAGGCUCAGUCUUUGAAAUACUUAAUAAUAUUCAUUUUUUAAAUAUAAAUCCAUGAGAUUAGAUGCGGAAAAAGGAAAAAAAAAAUUUCGAGGGAAAAUAUUAGCCAUGAUAAUGUCUCAUUAAGGAAUAGCUUCUGCUUGUAUUUCAUAAGUUCAUUCGGAUUUCCGCGAAUUUUCGCAGUGUGAUCCCUAUUCCCCAGUUAUUACCCAGGAGACUAUGCUCUAUUUGCCCCGGUUCGUUCUCCUGGAAUGCUUUCAUUUACGUGUCCUUUAUCAUAUGGCUUGGGGAAUUGUAGUGGGUGAGUUUUUGUCGGGAAGCGUACCUCGCCCAGUUUUCCACUGAGACAGGCUACUGAGCGGACGGGUGUUACUGCGGAAUUUUCACCUCAGGUAGCUGAAGGAUGGACGUCCGCGGUGGAGGGAGGGUCAUGCGGGAAUGACUGAAAGAGCACUGAACUCUGGCACCACGGGACUGAUUUGGACGGGAGUGAUUUCCAUACAAGUGCAUAAAUUAUAAACUCAGCUUUCUCUAUUAAGCUGUGCAGUUAGUCAUGUAAACAUCUGUCUUCAAUUUAUCCUCCAAACUCCGUUUACAGUUUGUGGUUCUUAAAUGUAUUUUUAUCCCUUCUUCACCGAUUCCACAUCGGUCCCCUUAUCACUUCAUUUCUUGAAUAUUGAGAUCAGUUCUCUUUAUGUCAUGGGGGAAAAUUCCGGUUAACAAAAUUGAUGUAUAUACAGUCCCGAAGGUAGUUCAUCCAAGCGAAUAAUGAGUUAGUAUGGUCUUGUGACGGGGACGUCAUGUCUCAGAAAUAUGACUGUGAUUUUAAAGGAAUAAUCUCGGCGAUUUAACGAAGCAGGAAGGUAGAGGGAGUUUGGAUGGGCUUCAGCAAUGUUUCUAAGAAGGCUCCCAUGGCAGGUACAGGGACGCCAAGAUGAGUUGGCAAACUAGUUACAAUAUUAGCUCGGUAAAUGGAUGCAAAUGAUAGUGUGCGUGUGUCUCUCUCUCUUCCCGGACGCCGGCAAUAAGCGGCGAGUGUAGAUUAGCUGCUGGAUCCUUUAUUGUUUGCAAAAUAGUAUGUGAAACAAAAUGUGACUUAAUGCACUUUGUGAAAUAAAAUUAUAGGAGGAUAUAUAGACCUUUGUAGGGUCGCUUUACUUUGUAACCUUGCAAAGCUAGGU